UUCCACGGAAAUUACGUCAUCAAAGGUCACAGUUCUUUCUGUGUCAACACAUGUGCGUCCUCCAUAGUCUUACGGCCAGAAAAGCGAAUGCUUCAUCUCAGUGAGCAGCGGUUUAUUAAAAAUAGAAUAAAAUAAAAAAUGCCCAGCGAUAUUUCAUCUUCAUCAAGCGAAGAUGAAACGGACAUUGUUUCCGCGGAGCCACAAGAAUCUGAGAAGAAGAGCACCAAGUACCAGUGUCCUGCUGACUUUGUGUCUUUCUGCCAUAAACCCUGCAGCAGCACAUUGACCAAGAGUCUGAAGAACAAGAAGAAUGAGUUAUGGCUCAUUAAAGCUCCUGUCAGCUUUAAUCCAGAAUGUUUCAGUAGCAUCAAGGUGCCUCUGUCAGGUCUCCACACCCUGAAGACUCCAUCUGCUGCAGAGGGAGCUAGGACUGGAAGUGGCCAGCAGAUCUACAGCAUCCUGGCAUCCCCGACUGGUACCUCAGACCUCCACCUGCUCACCAGUGACAAGCAGUCGUCAAAUAGCACUGUUUUUGCUCCUGCUUUCUCAGGCCUGCUGAAUGUGUGUGAGACCUAUGGAGACAGCAGUGCUUACUUGGCCCCGCAGGUCAUACCCGCUGCUCCAGUGCCCUCCAUACCACCGGGACUGAAACAACGAUUCCAACCCUUUGGCAGUAAAACCCCAACACUGACAUGCGUGGCAGUAGAUGAGGUGGAGGGAGCAGCGUGUGGACCCUCAUCUACUAACCUCCGUCCUUUGGUAGUUAAACGAUUCAUAGAAGAAACGGGGCACGAAGAAGAAGAGAGGAAGAAAAAGAAGAAGAGAAAGAAAGAAAAGUGGAUAGAGACAGAACAAGUUGAGGUGCCAGAAGUGAAAGCAGAACCAAAUGUUGAAAUUCUGAAUGAAUCAUUGACAGAGCUCCCCCUCCAGGAGAGUGAGGAUUCAGAGGAGAGGAGGAGGAAGAAGAAGAAGAAAAAGAAGGACAGGGCGAGAGAAGAGGUGGAGGAGGGAGUGCAGCCCAGUGUGAGAGUAAAGGUGGAAGAGGUCAUGGUGAAAUGUGAACCAAUAGACACUGCAUAUGGUGAUGAAGUGGAAGGUUUGCUUAAGGUGAAGAAGAAGAAGAAGAAGAAAAGUAAAACUUGUGAUGAAUAAUCCGUUGUCACCUCUUUGGCUAGUUUUCAAAAACUAGAUUUUGACUUUUACCACAAAUUAAUUUUUUUAUAUAUAUAAAUAUUUGAUGUACAUCGCAAUACAAGAUUUUACUUUUGUAGAAUAUUGCAUUUAAAAGUAAGAACGAACACAUCCUGAAUCAAUUAAACGGUGGCACAAAUUAUAAUGUGUAUUGAUCUCUGCGUCUUCAGGGCCAAUGUUCCUGUCACACUGAGCUUAGAAAUUGACCAUGUUACGCACAAAGAAUGUGUGCAGCUGCAGGCAACUUUAGAGAGUAAUUGGAGUGUACAUGGAGGAAUUUCUGCGUUUUGUGCCAGUGCCUGUCAAGUCAUGGGCCUGUGUUAGUGUGUAUAUAUUCACAUUACUGGGCAACUAAUGUCAAUGGUUUGGCUGCAGAUUGAAAACAACAACAAAAAACAGAGCCGUUAUGAAGAAAGAAUAAUUGUUGAGUGUCACGAUAGGUCACAUGUACUGUGUUGGUGAAAUUAAGCAUGUGCAGGAAAACACAUGAGCUUCACAAGUGAAUAAAUGAAAUCAUAGGAAACGAAA